CGUUCCGAGACCAGCGCCAGACGCAGACGGCCCCGAACGCCGGCGGCGGAGCAUCAGGUCGUCGACCUCCGAGCAUCGACCCGCCGCGAUGGAGAAGGGAAAGGGCCUCGCUCGCCGCUGGGCGGUGGAGCUCCCCGACGCCUCCUCCUCCUCCCCCGCCGUCCCCGACCCGCCCGGCUUCACCAGAUCCGCGCCCGACGCGGACGACGCCGCUGGAGCGCGCCAGCGCAAGGACUCCGAGGCUGCAUGGAAGGCGCAGAAAGCUUGGGAAGUUGCGCAGGCUCCGUUCAAGAACCUGAUGAUGAUGGGAUUUAUGAUGUGGAUGGCAGGGAGCACUGUCCACCUCUUCAGCAUCGGAAUUACCUUCUCUGCUCUGUGGCAACCCCUCAACGCUCUCCGAUCUGUUGGGAAAGUUUUUGAACCAUUUAAGGACCCAAGGGUGGAUACUAUUGCUCCUAAGUUGCUCUUUAUUGCCCUCAAUUUGGCUGCCAUGGGAUUGGGUAUAUGGAAGCUUAAUACAUUGGGCCUUCUUCCAACAAAUCCAUCAGAUUGGGUGUCUUCUCUGGCUCCUGCUCGGGAGGUUGAAUAUGCCGGAGGAGGGCUCCCCUUAAUUUAAUGUCCAUUUCCAUUUGAACUUAUUUUACUAGUUGUAAUAUUAAUACCGAGUGACAUUUUUACCAUACACCCCUGAAUACACGAAGUUCCGGGUUUUUUCC